UGUCAAAGUUCAAAUAUCAUCCGUGUUUAUCUUUUAAUAAAUAAUAUCGAAAUAAUUUUGGGAAGAAUCACUUAAAAGAACAUUAGGGAGGUAGUGACAUGGCGUUCAGGCCAUUAACGGAGGGCGAUUGUGGCCAGGUGAAUCCGUUGACAAAGCUCACAUCGCACAUCACUCAAGAUCAUACGUUUUCUGAUAACCAUGGACAAACUUUCCCAAGUAGCUCAGAUCAGUUGGUGGAGCAGUUCUUGCAGGAAACCAGGACCGUGCCCCAAUCUUUUCGCAUGGACGACUUAAUGCGAGAGAUGCAUGAGAUCGAGUCGCAAAGGGCCAUUUUGCCACCCAUCACAGCCUCCGCUAUAAAAGAUCAGCUGCAGGACAACGCGUGGGCCCAGCAGUAUUUGCAAGAUGGGAAAACUUUCCAAGAACAUGACUACAAUGAUGUUUGGAAUGAAAUGACAGCCCAGGGACAAGAUGGAAUUAAUUUUAACAUGUUUGAGGAUGCCUGGAAAGCUGUAGAAGCCCUAGAGAUGGAAAAAGCCAAUUUAAACCAGGGUGGUUCUGUACCUCUACAGGGUGGCAUUGAAGAUUCCAACUUUGUCUAUUCUAAGUUUAUGAGAUUUAUGAAAAAUGAUGAGGAGAGCAAAUUGAAUCUUGAGCAAGGGAAACUCACCCAUGAUGAGGCUCAGGCCUGGACUGAUGAAUUUUUGCAUAGUGCAGACACUGCUUCUCUGGAUGAUGUUUGGGCAGAAUCUUAUGAUAAAAGUACUGUGGAUGAAGAAAAACCAGCCUUUUGGGAUCAGCUGCAAAAAGAUAUAGAAAAAGCAAUGGGCAACGACGAAAACUCCGCUCACCCAUGGCUAGACGAAUUCAACUCAUAUUACAACACUCCGCACAAGGAAUACGAAUUUAGCACCGAAAAUCCAAUGUCAGAUCUUCCAAAUCCUUUAGAAAGGGGCAAGGAACUACUGAAUCAAGGCGACCUGCCUAGUGCCGUGUUGUGUUUCGAAGCGGCCGUUAAACAGCAACCAGACAACACAGAGGCUUGGUUGCUUUUAGGGACUACACAAGCAGAAAAUGAACAAGAUCCAAGUGCAAUAGCCGCCUUGAACAAAUGUCUCCAAUUAGACCCAACCAAUUUGAAGGCGUUAAUGGCGGCCGCGGUCAGUUAUACGAACGAAAGCUACUACAACCAAGCGUGCUUCAUGCUCGUCAAUUGGCUGAAAAACAAUCCGAAAUACAGAGAUCUGGUCCCUCCCGAUAUGAACUUAUCCCGGCAAGUUACAAGCUUGUUAGUUCAAACCAACCAGAAGUUGGUGCAAGAUUUAUACCUGAAAGCCGCCCAAAGAAACCCGCAAAAUCUGGACUACGAGGUGCAAUCCGGCCUCGGGGUCCUUUGCAAUCUGACCGGGGAGUACGAAAAGGCCGCCGAUUGCUUUAGGGCCGCCUUAUCUGUAAAACCCGAUGAUGCCAGACUGUGGAACCGUUUAGGGGCAACUUUGGCCAACGGAUCAAAAUCUGAAGAGGCGGUGGAGGCUUAUCAUCACGCGUUACGACUAUCCCCCGGGUUUAUUAGGGCCAGGUACAAUGUAGGCAUCACGUGUAUCAAUUUAAGGGCAUAUAGGGAGGCUGCAGAACACUUUUUAACAGCCUUAAACCAGCAGGCCAGAGGAAAAGAUGUACUCAACAGCGGAGCCACCUCACAAAUGUCCGACACAAUCUGGUCAACUUUGCAAAUGUGCCUGUCGCUAAUGGACAGAACGGACCUCAGACCUCUAGUAAAAGAUAGGAAUCUUGCGGAAUUAAAUAAGAUUUUCAAUAUAGAUUAAGUCAGUAGAUUUUUAUAAUUGGGUUUAUCAAGUUAAGGUGUAACUUUUAUGGGAUUUUUUUGUCUUUGAUAUAUUAUAUUGUUUACCAAAAUGUUAAGGGGUUACAAGUUUUCGAUUUACUUGGAUGUUCAAAAAUUUAGGUAAUAAAAUAAUAUUGCUCAAGAAUAGGGUCUACCGGAACUACUAAUAGUUUCUUUGGUUUUAAGUUCAAUGAUGUUUAUUUUUAAAACUUUACAGUAAAUUCACAUAAUUAUAUUGGAUUUUUGUUAUAUUUUGUUGUACUAAAUAAAUUUUUUUUUCAAAAUUCAA